UUUUAUCAUGAACCUUACCAUAUCAAAUAAAAACCUUACAUUAAUAUAGUGUUUAUUAAUUGAUGAAUUUGCUCGCACGUCCACAAUAAACUAGUUACAUUGACAAUCUGUCACCAUGGCGGCUCAUAUUAAACACCAAUCCCAAUCCACUCUUCUCUCUCAAUCUCACCCUCUUAUAAUUCCCUCACCACCACCACCAUUUCUCCGAUCACCCUUCUCUUCACUUUCCGGCGAGCCAAAUCUUUUUAUCACCAUUUCCUACACUAAGUAACAACUCAACAAAAAAAAACAAUCAUGUACAAACGCAGAUUCAACACUAAACCAUUGUAUGUUAGUGACCCUGAUGAGCCUGAGCCCGAGCCCGAGCCCAUCUCGGAAACUGAGCCUGCUUCUCCUUCUUGUGAAGACGCAAAAAUUGAAGAACCGUCGCCUAAGAAAAGGAGGGAGAUGAAGAAGAGGGUGGUGACUAUACCGAUUGCUGACGUGGAAGGAUCUAAGAGCAAAGGAGAGACGUGUCCACCGUCAGAUUCAUGGGCCUGGAGAAAGUACGGUCAAAAGCCCAUCAAAGGCUCCCCUUAUCCCAGGGGAUAUUACCGAUGUAGCAGUUCAAAAGGGUGUCCCGCUAGGAAACAAGUUGAGAGAAGCCGCGUGGACCCCACAAAGCUUCUCGUAACCUACGCCCAUGACCACAACCACUCUCUCCCUCUUCCCAAAUCUCAUUCUUCCUCUUCCACCGCCGUAACCGUCACCGUCGAAUCUCCAUCUCCAUCUCCCGGCGAUUCUUCCGGUGAAUGCAACACUGCCUCUCCCGCCGCCACUCCACAGCAAGAGGAUCUAACGGUUUUCGCCACUCAUCCUGACUUUGACCUCUCCGGUGACUCGACUGUUCUGCUCAGCCACCACCACCACCACCAUGCCGUGUUUGGCUGGUUCGACGACGUUGCAUCUACCGGAGUUCUUGUAAGUCCGAUCUGCGGAGGAGUGGAGGAUAUAACGCUGACGAUGAGAGAAGAGGAUGAAUCGCUGUUUGCUGAUCUCGGGGAGUUGCCGGAGUGUUCAACGGUUUUCCGGAAGAGGAAUAUUCCGAGCGCGAUUCAGUGUAGCGGCAUCACAGGAUAAUGUUGCUGGACUUUUUUUUUUCUAGCUUUGCUUUGUGAUUAUAAAUUUAUCAUUUAUAAUAUUCACGGCCUGGAAAUCGUGCGGUAUUAUAAAAAAAAAAUUAAAUAAGCUUAUUUUACAGAUAAUGGAUAUAAUAAUUUUGCUUUGUAGUUGUAAAUUUGAAUAAAUUAUUAUUAUUAGCAGACUACACUUCUGAAUUAUUGAUCAA